AUGGCUCAGAAACCGUCGACGCCGGUCAAGGUGCCCGCGUCGGCUGCAAACUAUACCCCUGCCACGCUCGACCCGGACAUGCGGUCGCAGAUCAAUACGGUCCUGCUGCGUGACGGCCACAUCACAAAAAUCCACGAAGCGCUCCUUCACGCCCUCAACUCCGACUCCUCCAACUGGCCCACCACCAUCCACUCCCACGCCCUCUCCCUCCUGCGCUCCGGCGAGGCCACCACCUACUCGGCCCUCCUCCGCCGCGUCCUCGACGACGUCCGCGCCGACUCUCCCUCCUCCUCCUCCAACAAGAACGGCGGCGGCGGCAGCAAGACGCCCAAUGGCGACAGCAAGAAGCUUAACGGCGCCUCCGAGUCGCCCGGCCUCGCCCUGCCCGAGUCCGUCGUCGAGGAGGCCCUCCGCGUUACCAGGGAGAGCCUCGAGGCCGUCUGCGAGAUUGGCGAUGGCUCUUGA